UGAUUAUCAGUUUGCUUUGAGAGCGGCGACUUCCGUGUUUUUAGUUAUAUGAAAAGUAUAAACUACUACGAAGGAAUAUUGGUGCAUAUUGAUAAAUAGUGAAGGGGAAUACGGCACGACGGUCAUAAGAUAGCGGUUAAACAUGUUUGCGCGCUGUCCUUUAUUUAUUUUUGCAAUUCGCCGGUGUUUUUAAGUGUUUGCCACAUUACUGCUAGCAGCAGCUUAACACGCCGGGUCUGACUUAUUAUUACCUCGCUAUGAUGUCUUGUAACUUCACGUAGCAGCAUGUGCAUGACGGAUGUUGGCUCAUCAUGCCUCUCGUUCCUGCAAACCAGUCCCAGUUGAUUCGGUCCAGUCAAAAGGACGAAUACUAUCGAGCCUCCCUGAGGAACAUCGCCAACGAGGCUUAUCAGACACUUGCAGGAUCCAAAUCAUGGCUGGACUGGAGGAGAGAGAUAGAGCUGCUGUCAGAUCUCGCAUACUUUGGUUUAACGACGUUCUCAGGAUGUCAAACUCUGGGUGAGGAGUACGUCAACAUCGUCCAGGUGGACCCGACUAAGCGUCGAAUCCCUUCGAAGGCCAGACAGGGCCUCUUCAUCCUCUGCCACGCCUUCUUUCCUUACCUCCUCAACAAGGUCCUGGUGGCCCUGGAGAACGAGCUGGAGGGCGGGCAGGAGAGCGGCGGAGGUCGGCAGAGAGCGGCCUCUGCACCGUGGAGUCUGGAGUCCCGGCUGAGGAGAUGGGUGCAGAGGGCGGUGGGGCUGCUGUCGGAGCCCCAGAGGAGAGCGUGUCUGCCGGCUGUGCUUUUCACCCAGACCCUCCUGCAUAGCCUCCACGUGGCCGUGUUUUACAUCAGUGGCUCCUUCUACCACAUGUCCAAGAGGGCGGCGGGUAUCAGCUACCUGCGUGUGAUGGGGCCGAGCGGCGAUGACGGCGCCAUCCGGAGCUUCUACAGGCUGCUGGGCGCCAUGUCCCUCCUCCAGCUGCUCAUCACCGUGUAUUUGCAGAUCAACAACUUCAGACAGAGACAGAGAGCCAGACGGGAGUGGAAGCUCUACAGAGACCUCAGUCCUCAGCAGACCCAGAGCUCCAGCUCCAGAGCUGCCUCCUGCAUCCUCUGCCUGGAGGAAAGGAGGAACUCCACCUCCACCCCCUGUGGUCACCUCUUCUGCUGGGAGUGCAUCACAGAGUGGUGCAACACCAAGGCCGAGUGUCCCCUGUGUCGGGAGAAGUUCCAGCCUCACAGACUUGUGUACCUGAGGAACUACAGCUAGACUCUACAGUCAGACAGCCGCUGCUCUGAAAGCCAACUUAUCAUAGUGUGAUUAACAAUUUAAUGUAAUUUGAGGUGUAUCACUUGCGUCAUGUACAUAUUACUGACUGUAAUGCUAAUAAUUUAAAUAACAGAUGCCAAUAAAAUGAGGUUUAUGUUAAUUUAUAUAAGUUUUGUUUGCCUUCUUCUGUUAAAGAUUAUCACUAAAGUGGGCCAAGGUGUCACUAUGGUCGGAGUAUCACAGCAAGAAUUCCUUUUUGACGUCCACAGACCUGAUUUGGUCAUGGAGCCAGACAUUUCUAAACCUCUUUAAGACCCUCAUUCCAUAUCAGGUCUUGUUGUUGUUGUGCCAAGUCUCUGGUCAGUCUUUUCCAAACCUGCUUUCAUCUUGAGAGUACUUGAUCAGCCUCACCUCUAAAUAUGUUUGUCCUGUAGCUGCUGGGUUGUUCAGCUUCAUGCGUUGCCUUACAAAGCACUGCAGCAGAAUAAUUAAUGCACAGUCUUAGUUGUGAUUUAAGGUGGCCUAAUUACAUUAAACUAUAUAAAUACAUGUUAGUUUUAAUUGCAGUUACAGCUACACUGCUGAGCAGGCCUGGAGCUCCUGCAGCUGCUUGUUUCAUUUGUGUUCAGUCAUCAGUAGCAUACGAAGUUAAAGCAUAGUUUAAAAUGUACGAUUCCAAGCAAGAAUGAACACAGUAAUGAGUGUGAAGCAUAGACUGUAAAAAAAAUGGACACCACAUCUCUGCUUCCUUGCUCUACACUGUUUUUGUAGCUAAACUGAAGCUAAAAUUGGACCCUUAAACAUGUAUCAGUGUUAUAUUAACUAGAAACCAGCCUUAAAAUAUAGCUAAAUAUAUUUGACUUUGUUUUAGUUUGGCCCAAGUCCCGCCCACUAACAUGGAGGGACUUAUACUAUACUGCAGCCAAGACACCAGGGGGAGCUCUGCUUGCUUUGGCUUCACUUUUAACCUCCUGAGACCCAGCGUCCUCAUACGGGGACAUUAAGUGGACACUUUAGUCUGCCACCUAGUGGUAGCAAAGAGUCAACGCACUAGUCGGGGUAAGAACAUGAUGGUGGGCUGAUUUAUUUUGCAGCCAAUCACAGGACAAAAGUGGACAAGGACCAAAACCUCAUCAAAUUUUAUGAUUGAAACUUGUGUAUUUAUGAUUAACUUUUCUAGUUAAUAAUCUAGUUUUCUAGACAACGUCGCUAAUUAGCAAGUACUCAUUUGAGGACAUUGGGAUUUCAUUGUUUGCCAUCCUGUUUUUUUCUCAGCAAUGUACUACUUCUUGUUCAAAGAUGUUUGGAUACGUCUUAGGUCCUACUCAUCCCAAAUACCUUGGAGAAAUUUAAAAUGUAUAGCAAACUAAAUUUCAGGUCUCAGAGGUUAAAGGAGCUGUCAUGGCGUCCAUUUUUUAUACAUAUUUUUUUAUAUUUGGCUCAACUCUCUGGAACGUGCAAUAUGCCCAAAUUACACUUAUUUUUCUGAUGAAAUUUCAUAUUUUUUAAGUUUACUUGUUCUCCUUUGCACUAUAACAAAUGGAAAUUGUUUGGAUUUGUCAUUACUUACGGGUUAUUAUGCUGUUAUCUUACUGAUGUGGCCCCCUGAACUAAAACGACUGUGACACCCCUGGUCUGGAAGAUAAACUUACCUGAAACAAAUGUUUUUUUUUUUUUUUUGGAAUAAAUAAAUACAAAAGCAUAAUAUUGUAAUGUCAAAAACUUUUUAAAUGCUCACAAAAGCACAGGUCAGUUGCAUAGGCUACGAUUAACACGCUCAGCAGCUUCAACAUAAACACUUAAAAACAAAGCGCUUUGGACCAAACGUGGUACAUGAUGCACCGCAUACACGCACACGUGUCUGAGCAUUUAUUGUACAAAUCAGCAUACAGCUCUUCAAGCAAUCCACCGUUACACUGCUUCCACCCAUCACAUCCACACAGCUUCAAACCGCACGCACUCAGCAACACGAGCGGCAAUCGUGACUUAUUGCUUCAAGAAGAAUCGUCCGCAGUUCGGUUUUAAAAACAUGCAAACGCGGAGCAUCGCAGUAGAUUUUAAUUCAACAGUGGAUCCCUGCUAUAGAAGAAUAAAAUAAAAUAAAACAAAGCCUGGUUGUGUGCUUUUCUAAAAAUGACGUCGAAUGAGUUGUGCAUCAUCUACACGCUACUUGCAUACACUAUAUUACAGACAAGAAGAAAAGCCUUCAGACUCAACUGUUAGAAAGAAAUGGUUGGAAAGGAUUAUUCUUUUUAAAAAAGGAAAAAAAAAAAAGGUGAAAAUGACAAAAAGAUUUGACUCCGGAGGCAUAGAAAUUGUUGGUCACAGUAAUAAAGUGCUAUCUUAACUGCAUAAAGGCCAAUUAUUGCUUUGUAAAUCUGAAAGUAUGAUCAAUUUUCUCUCUUAUAAAUUUAAACUGAGUCAUCGGUCAAAAUAAAUUAUCAUUCGGACUCAGCUUUUCUCCAAGUUUGAUCUCUGGCUCUUAUCAUUUGUCCUUUUUGUUUUUGCUAAUUACUUAAUUACUGCUCCUUUAAUUUUAUCUGGUGUCAGGAAAAACAAAACAAAAAAACAAAAAAAAGGUUAAAAACAGUAUGGUCUAGGCUUCACUGCUGCAAACAAACGCACUUAAUUUACAUUCAUUUUAAAAGACAGCAUUUAGGAUAUUGUGUUCAUUGGAAAAUGCUAGAAAACGUUGUGCCCCCGUGUUUCUCUCUUCUUUUAUUUUAAAGUGUACAACUAACUCAAACCUUUAAUGCUAACCUACGGAACACCACUGAAAUCCAGAGCGGAACAUUAUGUGGGUAUUGUUAAGUGGGCGACGAUCAGCUUCUCAUCACCUCAUGUGAAAUCGAUCACACCGGAUGUGACCAUACGAACCUUCCUGCGUCUGAGCUGACCUCUGGUUUCUAUUUCUAUUUUUCUUUUUUUUUCUGGGACAAGGCAUUCGAUGUAACGCGAAACACAGUGGAGACAGUCAACAACCGGAGAGAAUAUGGCACAACAGCGACGUUUUACGAAGAACGGGACGUUCCUCUAAAACUGACGAGGAAGGUUGUCGUCGAGGCUGAGAGGAUCAGUAAAGUAGCUGCAGGUUCUAUUUCCUGUCUGGGCAACUGCAGGUUAGCAGGAAGUUCGUUGUUUCAGCCCGAGAAAAUAAAAAAUAAAAUCAAUAUAAUCACAGGACAGUGGCAUCAGCACCAACUCUGAGCUUUCUGCAUGAUCAACAGCAAGAGCCCUGCAUUAGAUUAGAGGAGGGACCUGGAGACGGCCAUGCAAAGGAAGCGCCCUCAUUAUUUUUGUUUUUGCAUAUAGGGCAGAG